CGCGGAGAUGCGUGGCGGCCCCUCCAGGUGCGGCGGGUGGGCUCCUCGCAGCCUCCUCUCCUUUUGCUCCUCCUUGGCGGCUGCUGCCUCUCCUGCGCCCACCACCCUCGGCCCCCGCGCCUCUCCCUUCUCCGGGAAGAGGAUGACUUGACAGAGGCUCCGCGUCCUUUGCCUUCCUCCUCCUCUUCCUCCUCCUCCUCCUCCCAGCCCGGGCUCCGGACCAUGGCCCUCGGCUCCCCGCGGCUGCUGCUGCUUCUCCCCGCGCUCCUUCCUUGCGCCCCUCGCUCCCCUCGACGGACCAGGAGGAAGGAGGAGGAGGAGGAUGGGACUCAAAGCCAGGAAGGCGGCGGCGGCGGGGGCCAAGGCCGCCCCCUCCUCCUCCUUGGCGGCGCCCCCUCCCCGCCCCCGGGGCCCCGGUGCUGAGCCCGGCGAGGGUUCCAAGGGGGCGGACCUGGAGCAAGGCGGCGGCGGGGGCGCCGGGGCGGACAAGGACGGGACCCUGCUCCUGGGCCGCCCCACUCGCGAGGAGGAGGACGACGACGAGGAGGAGGGGCUGCCCCAGAGGAGGUCGGCGGGGCAGGGCCUGGGGCUGCUGGCCAAGACGCCGCUCAGCCGGCACCCCGUCAAGAGGCACAACCUCAAGUACCGGCGGAGCCAGACCCUCAUCUACGACGCCCUGGAGAGGCCCCGCGGGUGGGCCCUGCUCUACCACGCCUUCGUGUUUCUAAUUGUUCUGGGGUGCUUGAUUUUAGCUGUCUUGACCACAUUCAAAGAUUAUGAAAAGGCAUCAGAAAAGUGGCUGUUGCUUUUGGAAACUUUUGCCAUUUUCAUCUUUGGAGCGGAAUUUGCCUUAAGGAUCUGGGCUGCUGGCUGCUGUUGUCGGUACAAAGGCUGGAGAGGAAGGCUGAAGUUUGCCAGAAAACCACUGUGUAUGUUGGAUAUCUUUGUUCUGAUCGCCUCGGUGCCUGUGGUAGCUGUUGGAAACCAAGGAAAUGUCUUGGCUACUUCUCUGAGAAGCCUCCGUUUCCUUCAGAUCCUGCGGAUGCUACGGAUGGACAGAAGAGGGGGCACUUGGAAACUCCUGGGAUCGGCCAUUUGCGCUCACAGCAAAGAGCUCAUCACUGCCUGGUACAUUGGCUUCCUGACGCUAAUCCUCUCCUCCUUCCUGGUUUACCUCGUGGAAAAAGAUGUCGCUGAAACAAAUGAACAAGGACAAGAGACAAGAGACUUUGAAACCUAUGCGGAUGCACUGUGGUGGGGGCUGAUUACACUAGCCACCAUUGGCUAUGGUGACAAGACGCCCAAAACAUGGGAGGGACGCCUGAUAGCAGCAACCUUCUCGCUUGUCGGAGUUUCAUUUUUUGCCCUUCCAGCUGGCAUUUUGGGUUCAGGAUUGGCUCUGAAAGUCCAGGAGCAACAUCGCCAGAAGCACUUUGAGAAAAGAAGAAAGCCAGCGGCAGAACUCAUACAGGCUGCCUGGAGAUACUAUGCUACUAAUCCUAAUAGGCUGGACCUUGUGGCCACUUGGAGGUUUUAUGAAUCCGUUGUGUCAUUCCCAUAUUUCAGGAAAGAGCAGGUGGAUGGUACCAGUAAUGUCAUGUUUAGUAGGGAUGCAUUCUUUGGAUCAAGCGUCACCCGAAAACUUAGCCAAAAGCUGGGUCUCUUGGAUCGGGUUCGUGGUACCAAUACUAAAGGAAAGCUAUUUACCCCUCUGAAUGUAGAUGCAAUUGAAGAAAGUCCUUCUAAAGAACCUAAGAGUGUUGUAGUCUUGAAUAAUAGAGAGCGUUUUCGCACUGCAUUCCGAAUGAAAGCUUAUGCAUUCUGGCAAAGCUCAGAAGAUGCUGGAACCGGGGAUCCUCUGGCAGAAGACAGGGGAUACAGCAAUGAACUCAUUACUGAAGACAUGAUCCCCACAUUGAAAGCAGUCAUCCGAGCUGUUAGAAUACUACAGUUCCGCCUCUACAAGAAGAGAUUCAAGGAGACUUUGCGGCCUUAUGAUGUAAAGGAUGUGAUAGAGCAAUAUUCAGCAGGACACCUUGACAUGCUUUCCAGAAUCAAAUACCUUCAAACAAGAAUAGACAUGAUUUUUGCUCCUGGACCUCCAUCUACUCCCAAGCAUAAGAAAUCCCAAAAGGGAGGAACAUUCUCUUACCCUUCACAACAAUCCCCAAGGAAUGAGCCGUACAUAGCCAAAGCAUCUACAGUAGAUUCCGAAGACCAAAGUAUGAUGGGCAAAUUUGUUAGAGUCGAAAGACAGGUCCAUGAUAUGGGGAAGAAGUUGGAUUUUUUAGUCGAUAUGCACAUGCAGCAUAUGGAGCAGUUGCAAGUCCAAGUCACAGAGGUUUGCCCUUCAAAAGAAGCUUCAUCCCCAGCAGAGGAUAACAGAUAUUCGGAGCUGAAAUCUAUCAUUUACAAAUACUCUGAGCCUUCCAUUCAUGAAAAGCCUCCAAGCUUCCACCAUGUUCCUGUGAACAAAGUCCCUCCUUUUGGAUUCACAACUCAGGGCCAAAGCUGUGGCCCAUUUCCAUCUCCGUUUGGUGGGCAGAACUCCAGUCGGUGGCCGGCCAUGCCAUUUUCGACCUCAUACGCAGAAAGGCCAACAGUUUUGCCUAUACUUACUUUCAUCGACCCCCAUAUUUCCUACCAGUCACCACCAGGUGACUUCCAGAGCCCUCACUCAGAAAGAAUCCCUUCCAGACAAAAACACAGCGUAACGCGAGACAGCGACACCCCGUUAUCCCUCCUCUCGGUCAACCAUGAAGAACUUGAACGUUCACCAAGUGGAUUCAGCAUCUCCCAAGACAGAGACGAUUUCCUUUUUGGGCCAAAUGGAGGUUCAAGUUGGAUGAAAGAAAAACGCUACUUGGCUGAGGGUGAAACGGACACAGAUACUGACCCGUUUACCCCAAGUGGGUCUAUGCCUCUGUCUUCAACAGGAGAUGGGCUUUCUGAUUCUAUAUGGACCCCUUCGAGCAAGCCAGUCUGAGAUUCUCCAUAUGGGUGGGUUGGGCGGAGUCAUUGGCUGGCUUCUUCUCGCAAUGUAAACAUGAACUUUGUAUAUUUCACUCUCACACCCAAAGCUUCCUAGCUCAAACAAACCAACACAACACAACACCGGUGGCUGCACUGCAUGCUGGUAUUAGUGAUAGUCAUUCCACACCAUUUCAUUUGGUGGAAUAAUGCGGUUUUGUUCAUGCUGCCAAAACUAAGUGGUUUAGUUUGGAGCAUGGUUUUGCAUGACUUUACACUAUAAAUGGUACAGAUAAUUUCUUCUGUGAUUUAAAAUAACAAAAAUUAUGUUUUCGGUAUACCAAGGAUCAGGUCAAUGCCGGAUUGAAAAAAAAUACUCCCAAACAGAGGCAGAUGUUGCAUUUUGUCAGCAAAAGAAAUUUCAAUGACUAGUUUUUAGACAAAUGCCCUUUGCAGAAUAUAUUUAUUAUUAUUAUGAGAUAUCCCCAUGUUCAACAUACUAUUUAAGUCUUGACUAUUCACUGAACUCUUGCUUGUAUCAUUGCAAUCAUUUUUGUUAAAUUUGUUCAUCCAGAUUUCCCUUUAUUUAUAUUUUUGAAGGCAUUUCUCAUGCUCUUCUGAGUUUUUAUAUGAAGUCAGAGAGUGUGGCGUACCUUAAAUCCCCAAAGGACCUAAAUGCUUAUUAUUACUUUUUUGCAACAUUUACGUUUGGAUUAUUUAAAAAAGUGGCUAAAAUGUGCCUAAUGCUGUCUAAUGGGUUGCUGUCAACUAGGAGUUUCAGUCCCAAGCAACUCCAUGGGUCUGAAGCCAUUUUUAAUCUUUAUAUUUCCUUGGUUUGAAAUGGGAUUUAAAGGUAGAUAACACUCUCUGGGUCUCUGUGGUUAAGAGCCAGGUCACAUUUUAUACUUAAUGGUAGCAGGCAUGUUUUACAUUUGUGUUGCCUUUUUAAGAAAUAUGCUUUACAUGUGGUGGAAACAUGUAUCUGUGCCGUCAGAACAGACAUAUCAUAGACGUUCCCUAGAGAUGUGGUUCUCUGUAAUGCACCUACUAUGCAUUUGGAGUUAAUGCUUCUCUCCUUCACAUGUUAUGUGUUUAUGAAAGGGAGCCACACUUUAGAUAAGGCAACUAUGCCUGAUCCCAUCAAGUAUGAAAACAACUCUGAAUUGCCUUGAACUCUAGGAUACAUGAGUACUUAAUGCUGCUCUUACGUUUUAUGGAUUUCCAUGAGAUUGUAAUAGGCUCUAUGUCUCUUUCCUGUAUAAUCAACAGAUAACAGUUACUGUAUACACUCAUAUAUAAGUCAAGAACAAGUAUAGGACCCAAAAUUAUGGAUUUUAAUAUGGCCCUUGGAUAAGUUGGGGUAACUCUAUGGAAAGAGGAAAGCACCAGUCCAACCACUCUGGUCACCAUCACCACCAUUUUUAAUCCAGAUGCUCAAAAAGGCCAGAAGCAAUCCCAGGAUGAAGAAGAUUGGUGUUUCCUUUAGUUUCUUCUGGGGACAGACUAAGCUCUUGCUGUUCACUGCGCUCUCUCUCUAUAUAUGAGUCAAUUGACCAUGGAUAAUAUGAUCCAUGUUUUUGGGAUCGAUUUCUUGACUAAAAUUUCUAGACUUAUGCUUGAGUAUAUAUGGUAUUGUCUUAUUGUCUAGGUUCACCAUGUAUUGUCCAUUUCAACUCAUCUAAGGAUUCCUUGCCACCCUCAAAUGUGGCCUGCUCAUAGUGUCCAAAUAUGUUCAUUAGGAUCUUUUUCUCUCUGAGAUUCCACUGAAAUAUGAUUCAACUUAAUUAAGAUAAAUAAUUUUCUUAUUCUACUAUACUCUCACCUAGUUUGAUAAACCUUAGCCAACUGCCAGUAGAGCCAUUCCUUCUGCUGCUCCCAAUAUUACAAAAACUGGCACCAUGUGAGCACAGCAAAAGUUGUAUUUUAUUUCCUCAAAAAUCAACAACUAUUUGUUCUUGGUUUCAGUGGUGAUGACAUUUCAACCAGUAUGUUUCAACAAGAAUAUUGGCUGAGACAUUUCCAGGUUCUAUUUAUAAUGUUUAUUCUCUUAUUUUGAGGGAAUGUGCAUAAAUGAAUGACUUAAUUUCCCUGUGCCUCAGUUUCCCCAUCUGUAAAAUGGGUCUAAUUAUACCUCGCCAUUGGGGAUUACAUGAUGCUCAGUGUGUGCUUAUCUGUAAAGCACUUUCACCUCAUCAGAAAGUUGAUCAACCUUUGUGGAUUGUACCAUAUAGGACUCAUUUACAUAAGCAUUAGCAAAGGAAUGGCCCUGGUGUGGUCAUUUUUCUGUCAUUGGUAACCAUGAAUCUUUUUGUCCAUGAGCAAAUCCCAAUUCAAACAACUACUGUACUAGAGAUGGAGUUUGUGUGAUGCACUGCUGGCAUAUCCCAUUGAAUAAACUUACAUUGCUGAUGGUCCUAAAAUCCCCUCCUUUUGAGUGAGCGAAUUAAUACCAAUUAAACCAUCAUGUGUAAAGGGCCAGCCAGUGGAGCACUAUUAGGGACAUGUUCCUCUGUAUCAAGUGGUGCAUUAUGUUUCUGCGUUGUUUUCUACUCACUAGGAUAGCAGAUGUCUUUCCAUCAUAUCACCUGAUCUUAUUUUGGAAGCGAGGGUAGAAGUUAAAUGUAGUAGUCAAAUGGGAGACCAUUGUGAAAUGCCAGGGAUCUCCAAUUAAAACCAGGAAAUAAUCUACCUGAAAUUCUGACUCCUGCAGCUCAGAAUAGAUAUUAAGCGAUGUGAUCUAAUAAUCUGACCCAAUAUAAUUGAACUCUCUAUUUCUCACUACCUGAUCCUUUGAGAUGGAGAUAUUUGGAAAGCAUGAGCUCCAUAGCCAAGCUGUAGUCCUUCCCUGGCAACUUUUUACUUUAAGCAGUGAAAGGUCUUGAUAUACUAAAUCAUCAGCAGCCCAAUUUAAGAGAUGCUUAAAUUGAAGAGUUAUCAGAGCAUCGUUAUUGACUGUGACCACUCCUUGAAGGAUUUACAACUGGAGAAUGGAUUGGUUGUGCAAUGACUUUUCCAUCAAUGGUAAUUCUAAAAGCUUUGACUUAUAUAAUACACAUGAAAAUAGCAAUUGAUGACUCUUGAAGUAUGGCUUAGUGAAGAGCUCUGGGAAUUCUGAUAAUAAUCUGCCACGUGAUUGUAUACUGCUGUCAUCAACUCUUCUCAAAUUGUUUGAUAAUGUUGUUUUUCGCAGGUGUUGCCAAAUUAGGUAGGACAUUCCCUGAGUUUAUGUUGUUUGAGCUGGAUCUAAUCUUAGUCACAACUAGAUUGAAACCAUUAAAAUCAAAGGGACUCAUUCACAACUAACUGAAGUCCCACCGAUUACAAUAGUCCUCCAUUGUUUAGCCGAGAUUGGAUCCAAGCCUGAUGCAUAAAACCACCAUUUGUUAUUCAAAUAAGAAUGUAUAGCAAUGGGAUAUAGUUCUUUUUCUUUUUACUGACUUAUUUCUUCAUUAUAGACACCAAAUGAGGAGGGCUGUCAUAUUCUUAGUGAAUUAUGAUGGCCAAGGUCAACUCAUAGCAUCUUAACUCAUUUUUUUGGUUCUGACCAUGCAAUCAGAAUUGCUCCCCAAAGCUAUCUUUUCAGUGUGUCAGUCCUUUCAAGAUGACCAUCUCUGUGUCUCCAGAGAGUGGGGAUAGCAAGAGAAGUGCAUCUAGCUAUUUUCCUUCAGAUGAUCACACAGUAACAACAUCACCCUCAAGAACUUCCCAAGGAUCCCUCAGAACGCUGCAGGGAUUACUAUUUUGGUGAACUCAGCUAAAGAAAAAUGGCCCAUCCUUCACCCCACCCACCACCAAACAUGGCCACACUUAUGUAAUCACCUAGGAGGGGAUUCGAAAGGGGAUGACCAUAUAGAUUCCUUCCCUAUCCAGUUAUUGUAGAGGUGGAUAAUGUUUGGCCUUCCAGGGAUUUUGGAUUUUUGCUUUGCUUUGGAUCCUUUCCAAUCCUACACUUCUAUAUAUUUAGAAGCCGAGUCCAGUGUGGCUAGUUUCAUAGAAUCGUUGGAGCUGAUCUCCAUAAUACCUGGAAGACCAAAGAGACCCCCUCUUACUGUGUGUGAAAAAUCCGACUUCUUUGUAAAACCUUGGGCUGGCUUCACAAGAAGCAUUGGACUCACAACUUGUAAAUAUAGUUCUUAUGGGACAAAAUGCAAAACGAAAACUAUUUUCAGAUAGCCCCCAUUUCCUCAAUGAAUCAAAAUUGAAAUAAGCUUUAUGAGAUCUGUGAUUACAAAGCUCUAUUUUCCUUAUGCUAUUAUUUAUAUUUUAAUCCUGAGAUCAUGGGUUGGUUCAAUACAUUUUGUCCCUUAUCUAUGUUGACUAAAACACAACAACAAAUCCAUUUUGACAGGUCAACAGAGAGAUAGUUGGCACAAUUUGGCUAUCAGUAUAGAGGCCACUUCGAAUCCCUUCACUCUAUACUACAUUCCCAUGGAAGUAACCUGAAGAGGAGCAAACAGGCUCUAAAACUGAGAAGAACAAUCAGAUUCAUCAAUAAGGCAGCACAUCUGCUAAACUGCACUGCCACUUUAAAAAUCAGGUACAACAACAAGGAUAGCACUGUUUUUGUAUCAUUGGAAGGCAAGGAAUGGUCAAUGCUUAUUGUAUUAGGGCUAUAUUUCCCAACUCAAAACUGCCCUUUGCAUGGUUGGAUCUAUGUUCAAUAUGAAAGCAUUGUAAUAAUAACUGUGACCCCAAAACAGAGGUGUGCAUGAUAAUGUGUGUAUUUGACAAAAUGCACUUUCUCUUAUUUUAUAUUUCAUUGUUUUGCCCAAAGGGGAAGAAACUGUUUGCAAGAGGGAUGUUUGGGGUGGUGAAUGAAUGCAUUGUAGGUAUUGUCAGACAUAUACUAAUGUGCAUCCCCUUGUGCAGUUGCACUUGUUGAGUGAAGCAGGGCACACACAACUUGGUUGUUAGUGCAAUAGUAAUGCUCUUCCUUGUUCAGAAUUAGGGAGACUGAGAGUAGAAGGAAAUUCUCUGUCUUUCCCUUUCUCUUUUGUAAUCAAUGAGGUCAUAUAGCCUAACAUGAUAGGUUAUGUGGAUCCAUGAAAAUGUCAUGUUCACUCUGUAAUACCCAAUUAUCUAGGGUUGCAUGGUGAAAGAGUCCUUUGAAGUUAAAAAAAUGGCACUGGAGAAACAACAGUCUGAGAAACCAUGGCAGUAAAUGGGUGCAAAAAAAAAUUGAAUAAGAGGAAAAUAAUUUUUAGCAUCCCUUUCACCAAUUAUUCUGGCAGUUUGCAUACUGAAAUUAAAAACCCGUGAGAAUUUGGCUUAGCCACUCACCCUUGAAGCAGAUAAUACAAAACUGGACAGAUAGGGAUAGCAAUCCAGCAAUCCUCUACAUAGCAUAAAUAUUACAUGUCGAACAUGAUACAGCCUCCAUGUAGACUAACAUCAUUGAAGCACACUUGCCGGUGAGUGGAUUCUGUUGUACAAUGCGUGGCCACAGUGCAUAAGUGUGCAAUUUCAGUGCAUAGUGCAAUGCUCAGUGGACAUUCACAGUGUUGUACAUCUGUUAUGCUAUGGCCAAAAGAAAUUAUCAUGCAAUAACAUGAUUUAGGAAUGUGCAUCUCACAUGGCAAUUCGUGUGCGUUGUUCAUGCUUCUGCUUCCCUCUUUUUUACAAUGGCCAGUUCCUACAAUAAGUCAACAUGGUUGCGUGGAACCGCUAUUUUGUUAUUAAAUGUAUUUUGCCUAUUUCACACGGGCUGUUUUCAAGCCACCCUAUAUCUGUGCAUUUCAUUUUUUUCUGUACCUUACAUUUCUCCCUGUUGAAAUUCAUUGUUAGUUUUGACCCAGCUCUCUACUUUGUUAUAGUCAUUUUCUGUCCCAAGAUAAAGGAGUCUCCUUUUUCUUUGCAUCCCAGGCAAAUUCUUCUGACUGAGUCAAGACUCAGGCAAAGGACACAUUGGUUGUUCUGGCUCCCUUAUAGCCUUCCAGUCAAAAUCAAUACCAGCUGUAAAAUGCUCUGUUUUAGUUUGUUGGUUAAGGAGCUGUCCAAGGUGCUGAUAGUGUUCAGAACCUUGGACAGUUCAUUUAAAGUUAAAAUUCUUAAAACCCUAGAAUGAAUUGACAGCCACCCUGACAAAAGUGCUUUUAGUCAUCUUAGCCUGUCCCAUAACCUUUGCUUCAGUUGAAAGAGCAUAUUUCAUUUUAUGGUCAAAAAGUAUAUUUUAGGCAUUGUAUUGGAAAAAAUAUUUCUAUGUAGAAAUGGUUUUUUUUCUGCAGACAAAAAGCUGUUUCCUGAGUAGAAAAUGCUGCAAUUGGUGGAUGUUUUACAAACUGUGCAUAUGGUUGAUAUGCAUCAAACCCUGCAUUUUCUGAACAGCUUUUCUGUGAUCUUGCUCCUGCUCUUUUUUUGCAAAACAAGCAUAUGCAAACUUUGCACAGAAUAAGUCCCAAAUUGAAAAUAUUAAACAAGAUAUGGUUUUCAAAAUCUUUCAUGCAGCAGAAAGUUAAUUGCUACAAUUACUCAGCGAACAAUUGCAUCUCUUGCCUUUGCUUGCCCAGACUGCCAUGGGAAUGAACUACUGGGUAGAGUCAGUGUUGCCAACCCUUUAGCCAUUGCCAAUUCAAAAGGUAAUAUCUGUGUAUAUUCAUGAAAAGGAAAUAAAUGCUGAUUUGGGGCCCUUUAAUCCUACAUAAUUGAAACAUUGUGAUCCUGCAUUCACUGCCAUACUAUAGAAUCCUGGGAUUUGUAGUGCAGGGAUGAAUUUUUAAAUUCGCGGUGAGAGAGCUCUUGUAUUUCCUUGAAGUACAAACCCCAGGAGUCCAUGAAAUAUUGCCAUGGCAGUUAAAGUGGAACCAUCAUACUCUAACUAUAUGGUGUGAAAGGGUUCCAGGCAACUCCAAAUGCUUCCCUCUUGACAAAUAGCAUUGCCUAGCCCCACACUCCCUUUGCACCAAAGUGCAGUCUAGUUCUUCAGGAUUCCAUGACAAAUUGUGUUUUGUUUUCUUGCUUAGAGCCUAUUGUUCUUACAACUUGUAUUUUUGUGCCUUGCUCACUCAAAGUACUUUCUCCAUGCUAUGAAGAUGCUUUUCCGAUUUCUGGCUGACAAGGGAACACAACUUUUAUACAAGUGGCCUUUAGUGCUCUUUCUAAUAUGAUUUCAUGUAAUUUUUAAACGGUAUGUGUACUUUCUAUUCCAGCACUGUCUAAUGUUUGAACUACUUUAAUAUGUUGAUUUCAAUAUCUAUAUAUAUAUAUUAUGCAAAUAAUACUUCUUACCUGUUUUUUUAUUUAUGUUCUGUCUUUAAAGAGAGAAAAAACCUGCACCACUUAUUAAGAAAUAAAUAGAAAUUUCAAUUAUU